AUGAAGCCCCCGGCGCUACGGCCCUGGCUUCCCACGUCGGCGCUCAGAAGGCGCCCGACGCAACCCCAUCGGCGGCCGUACGCCGUUCAGUCACCCGGGGCGCCGACGCUCCAGAUCUUCAACGAGAAGGUCAAAUAUCUCCAGAAAGAACGGGCAGGGUCCAACGCCGAGUACAGCCGCAAGACAGACUACCUCAAAGACGAAGUUGCUCGACGGCUGGUCGAUCGGCUGCUCGACAUCAACCGCCAAUUUCCUCGGGUUCUCGACCUGGGCGCCAACAGCUGCAACAUUGCGCGGGCGCUUUCCCAACCGCCCAUGAUUGCGCCCGACGGCGAAGCCGAAGGAAACAAGAUCCCGCUGUCGGCCCGCGUGCAGCAUCUCGUGUGUGCCGAAACGUCACCGGCAACGCUGCACCGGGACGACGACCGCCUGCCUGCGCCCGAGGUGCCCGUCACCCAGACACUCCUCCCGUCGCUCGAGAGCCUGCCGUACGACUCGAACAGCUUCGACGCGGUCCUGUCGAGCCUGUCGCUGCACUGGAUCAACGACCUGCCGUCGGUGCUCGCGAGCAUCAACAACGUCCUCAAGCCCGACGCCCCGUUCCUCGCCGCCAUGUUCGGCGGCGACACGCUGUUCGAGCUGCGGUCGUCCCUGCAGCUGGCGGACCUCGAGCGGCGGGGCGGCGUCAGUCCGCACGUCUCCCCGCUCGCGGACGUGCGGGACGUCGGGAACCUGUUGACCAGGGCCGGGUUCAAGCUGCUGACCGUCGACGUGGACGACAUCGUCGUCGAGUACCCCGACACGUUCGCGCUCAUGACGGACAUACAGGCCAUGGGGGAGGGCAACGCCAUCGCCAAGGGCAUGGGCGGGCCGAUGACCCGGGACGUGCUGUUGGCGAACGAGGCAAUCUACAGGGAGCUGCAUUGCAACGAGGACGAGAAGGACAGGAUCCCUGCCACCUUCAGGGUCAUUUACAUGAUCGGCUGGAAGCCUGGCGAAGGCCAGCCUGAACCGCUGCCACGCGGGAGCGGCCAACUCAAUAUGAAGGAUAUCCUGGGCGGAGGAGACUUUGGACAACAACAAUAG